UUGUGGUCUCGUUUUGACCAAGGUUGUACGAUUCGGUUACUUUGUCCACACAAACAUUCGGAUUCAACACAUGGGUUGCUCAGUUUGUUGGAAUCAGAAUGGACGUGUAUGAUCGGUGCAAACGCCUACUUGACACCACCAUCGGGGUCGCAAGGAUUUGCUCCACAUUACGACGACAUUGAAGCCUUUUGUUUGCAGUUGGAAGGAAAGAAGCGGUGGAAAGUCUACGCCCCGUUGCAAAAGUCGGAACGCUUGCCCCGCACUAGCAGCGAAGAUUAUGUAGAAGCCGACUUGAGGGAUGUGGAACCCGCGCUGGACGUUGUGCUCAAACCGGGAGAUGUUUUGUACAUGCCCCGAGGCUGGAUUCAUCAGGCAUGCACGAUCGAUGGUACGGAUGGUUAUUCGUUGCACUUGACGGUUUCUGCCAUGCAACAGUGGGCUUGGGCGGAUUUAAUGGAAUUACUCCUACCGGAAGCCUUGCAAUCGGCAGCAUCUGGCGAUUCCACCAUGUUGCGCCAAGGACUACCACGUGGUUUUCUAAAUUAUAUGGGUGCUAUGUACGACCAAAAGGAUACGGCGGAAAUUCUUGAACAGAAGGCUGAGCAGGACAGGACCGCAGCGAUGGACGAAACUGGAGCGAUAGAUAUGCUUGACGCAGCUUGUGAUCAGAUUGGCAAACGAUUCUUGUCUGACCGAGUACCACCCGUGCUAACACACCUGGAACGUUCAAUGACGGUGCACGAAUCCGACGCGAAGGUAUUACCGCAAACCUUGUGUCGUAUGGCCCGCCCUGGUUCCGGAAGACUCGUUCUCGAAGCAGGUAAGGCUGUGCUGUAUCACUGCGCAGACAAUUCUCGAGUGUAUCACGAAUUACCACUCAGUCCAAUGGAAUUCGAAAUGGACGACGCACCCGCGAUGGAACAGCUAUUGACCACCACGGAACACGAUUGGGUUCGCGUAGCUGAUUUGAUUCACGACAGUAUCGAAGACAAGGUAGGCGUAGCGCAGGCCUUGUACGACGAAGGCAUUUUAUGCAUCCAAACAAGCGACAUGUAG